CCCGGACUUCUGCGAGCGCGGGAAGAGCGGCGGAGCCUGUGCUUCGGCUCGGGCGUGGACGGGGCGGGCGCCGGGGCGGGGCGCGCUCGCUCGCGGGUUUGAAUGGAAGGGUCUCGACCGGCGGAGACAGCGGCAAGCGGGUCCUGAAACCAGAACUCCACAGCCGCCCCGCGCGCCAUGCGGCCGGAGAGGUGUGGUUCCGCUCGCCUGCGCUUCGGCCAUGGAGGUGCUGCGGCGCUCUUCUGUCUUUGCUGCGGAGAUCAUGGACGCCUUUGAUCGCUCGCCCACAGACAAGGAGCUGGUGGCCCAGGCCAAGGCGCUAGGCCGGGAGUACGUGCACGCGCGGCUUUUGCGCGCCGGCCUCUCCUGGAGCGCACCAGAGCGUGCUUCGCCUGCCCCUGGAGGACGCCUAGCGGAGGUGUGCACCGUGCUGCUGCGCUUGGGGGAUGAGCUGGAGCAGAUUCGCCCCAGUGUAUACCGAAAUGUGGCCCGGCAGCUGCACAUCUCUCUUCAAUCUGAGCCCGUGGUGACUGACGCCUUCCUUGCUGUGGCUGGCCACAUCUUCUCGGCAGGCAUCACAUGGGGCAAGGUAGUGUCCCUGUACUCGGUGGCUGCGGGGCUAGCAGUGGACUGUGUUCGGCAGGCUCAGCCUGCCAUGGUUCAUGCCCUGGUCGACUGCCUGGGGGAAUUUGUGCGCAAGACCUUGGCGACCUGGCUUCGGAGGCGUGGCGGAUGGACUGAUGUCCUCAAGUGUGUGGUCAGCACAGACCCUGGCUUCCGCUCCCACUGGCUGGUGGCCACACUCUGCAGUUUUGGCCGCUUCCUGAAGGCUGCGUUUUUCCUGUUGCUGCCAGAGAGAUGAGCUGCCCACCAGGGCAGGGGCCACUCCGAGAGCCCCUGGGCCCAACCCAAGGGGCCCACAGCCUGCAAAGCACCUCCCUCACUCAAAUUGGGAGCAUCCAGUCCCCGGGGCCCUGUCCCAACCCCAUUCCUUUGUGGACCCUGGCCUCCGGGAGGGGUGAGCGGAGAAGGCCGUCGCAGAGUCUGGAGCUGGCUUCAGUGUCUGCUGGAGCUCUUCUCUGGGAAACUCCUACCAGAAAGCCAGGGUCAGUGCCCAGCCCUGGAGAAAGGGACCGGGGAACACUUUCACUUGGUGUCCCAGGCCCGACCCCAGGAAGGGGCCUUCCCAGGACACGAGCUGGCCUCAGUCCUUGUGGGAAGCGGGUCCUGUACAUCUGAUCUGAAGGUGAUUCUGGCUAAUGCAGGAGGAGCCAGGGAUGCUUACUGUCCCUAAAGGCAGAGCAGAAGGCUCCUGUGCUGCUGCUGAGGCUAUGUCUAGAUGAAGAAGGUGUCCCUAACUCACAAGGGGUCCUCUGUGGCAGGGGCCAGGGGUGUAGGGAUCCAGGCUAGUUCACCUGACCAAUGAACAAGAGAUCCUGUGAUGAGGUUGUCUGCACAAGUUGGACCCCAAUAAAGUUCUGCCCAGCGGAGUGUGAGACCCUA